AGAAACCGCCCGAGUAGGGACUGGGUCUAAUAUUCAUACUCAACAUGUUCCGCACUACCAUUGCCCGCACAUCCAUCGCUUACUCUCGGGGUUUCCACGCCAGCCCCAUCGCUCAGAAAACGGUCACUGAGAAGGUCGCCGAAGUAGCUGACAACGUCAACAAGAAAGUCGGCAAGGGCUUGGCCGAUGCCAUAGGAAAAGGUCAAGAAGCAGCCGCCGCAACAAAAGAGACGAUAGAUUCUGCAACAGAGGAGGGUAAGAAGAAGGCACGGGAAACUGCGGCUGCAGCUGAGCAUAAGAAGAACGAGACCGCUGCCGGCCGUGCGUUCAUCGGCCUCUAUCGUUUUGUGCUCAGCACUCAAACGCUCGCGGCCCACAGAGAAGAACUUCAAGAUGUCAACGCAAACGAGAUCGAGUCCAACUGGGACCAAGUCGUCGAUAGCUUCGAUAACAUGGAACUGAAGCCUGAGCUUCUCCGUGGUAUCUACGCUUACGGUUUCGAACGCCCGUCCGCUAUCCAGCAGCGUGCCAUCGUCCCCGUCGUGAAGGGCCACGAUGCCAUCGCGCAAGCCCAGUCCGGUACUGGCAAGACCGCCACCUUCUCUAUUUCGAUCUUGCAGAGGCUGGAUCCCGAAUUCAAAGGCACCCAAGCGAUCAUCCUCGCUCCCACCCGUGAGCUUGCUCUCCAGAUCCACAAGGUCGUCGUCGCCCUGGGCGACUAUAUGAACAUCCAGAGUCUGGCCUGUGUUGGUGGAACCAACGUCCGUGAGGACAUGGCCAAGCUCAAGGAGGGUGUCCAAAUCGUCGUCGGCACGCCUGGCCGUGCGUUUGAUAUGAUCAAACGUGGGGCUCUGCGCACCGAUGGUAUCAAAAUCAUGUGUCUCGACGAGGCCGACGAGAUGUUGUCUCAGGGUUUCAAAGACCAGAUCUACGAGGUCUUCCAGCUCCUGCCCAGUGACACCCAGGUCGCUCUAUUUUCGGCCACGAUGCCCGCCGAGGUGUUGGAAGUUUCGAAGAAGUUCAUGCGUGACCCGGUCCGCAUCCUCGUUAAGCGAGACGAGUUGACGCUCGAGGGUAUCAAGCAGUUCUAUAUUGCUGUGGAGAAGGAGGACUGGAAACUCGACACGCUUUGCGAUCUUUACGAAACCAUUACGAUCACGCAGGCCGUCAUUUUCUGUAACACGCGGAGAAAGGUGGAUAUGCUCACUGAGCAGAUGCACGCCCGGGAGUUCACGGUUUCUGCCAUGCACGGCGACAUGGACCAAAAACAGCGCGAGGUGCUGAUGAAGGAAUUCCGCACAGGAUCCACCCGUGUACUGAUCACCACGGACCUUCUCGCUCGUGGUAUCGAUGUACAGCAAGUCUCGCUCGUCAUCAACUACGACCUGCCUACCAACCGUGAAAACUACAUCCACCGUAUCGGUCGUGGCGGUCGUUUCGGUCGUAAGGGUGUUGCCAUCAACUUCGUCACUGUCAACGACGUCAACAUGCUUCGCGACAUCGAGCAGUUCUACAACACUCAGAUCGACGAGAUGCCCCUCAACGUUGCCGACCUCAUCUAGAGUGCCCGUGUUUGUGUUGUACAUGUAAUGAUAUGAUACGUUUCGUCUUUUUUAUCUGAGAGUACACUAUGCAGACCAAUACAAAUGUCAUGUUCUAGUUUGCAGUUCCAUAUCCUGCGCUUACUUCUCUUUGCUAA